AUGAGGGGAAGAAGCUACACGCCAUCACCACCAAGGGGUUAUGGAAGGAGGGCCCGGAGCCCUAGUCCCCGGGGCCGAUAUGGUGGAGGUGGAGGUGGAGGUGGAGGUCGUGACCGGGAUAUCCCAACCAGUCUCUUGGUUCGCAACCUACGUCAUGAUUGCAGGCAAGAGGAUCUUAGGAGGCCAUUUGAGGCGUUUGGUCCUGUCAAGGACAUCUACCUUCCCAGGGAUUAUUAUACUGGUGAAGGUUGGAAGGAAGUUGGGUUUGAAUUCAAUUUGAAGAUGUAUCAAUCUAAUAUAUUUUUUGUUUUUGUUUACUGGAUCUGCUGCAGAGAUCCACGGGGAUUUGGUUUCAUUCAAUUUGUGGAUCCUGCUGAUGCUGCUGAGGCAAAGCAUCACAUGGAUGGUUAUCUUCUUCUUGGUCGUGAGCUGACUGUCGUAUUUGCAGAAGAAAACCGGAAGAAGCCAACUGAAAUGAGAACAAGGGAUCGAGGUGGAAGGAGCAACAGAUUCAAUGACAGAAGACGCUCUCCUCCUCGGUACUCUCGUUCUCCUCCCCCUCGUCGUGGUGGUAGAAGUAGCCGGGACUACAAUUCUCCUCCCCCUAAAAGACACCAAUCUAGGUCUGUCUCGCCUCAGGAUAGACGAUACGAGAAGGAGAGGUCAUACUCUCGCUCGCCACCACAUAAUGGUGCAAGGGUUCGCAGCGGAAGUCCUGGGAGGGUGAAGAGCCACAGCAGGAGCCGGAGCCCAAGAAGAAGCGUGAGCCCUAGAAGAAGCGUGAGCCCAAGAAGAAACAGGAGCUACACACCUGAACAAGCGAGGAGCCCGGUCCCUAGGCGGAGCAGGAGCCCAAGCCCUCGUGGAGAACGAAAUGGAGACCGUUCUCCAAGCCAGUGA